AUAUAUAUAUAUAUAUAUAUAUAUAUAUAUAUAUACCUGUUUUAUUUUUUUUUUAUUAUCCUUUUUGAUCAUCGAUUGAAAUACCUCAUAUUAUGACCAUGUCUAUGAAAGAAUGGCAGCGUGAGCAGAAACUGGCAGUAGGUCGUCUGGUAUUAUCUGUAUUGACUGAAAACGAAAUUAAGCUUGGCACAGACUGGACUAUCCCCUGGUGGCAAAAAGUAAUUACCCGUAUAGGAUUGGGUACUAAAGAUAAUGUUAACUCGUUAUCUUUACAAAAAGCUAUUGAACUUGUCACGAAACCAACUGAUAUUCGUAUUGAUAUUUUAUUGGACCUUCUUUCGAUUGCCCUGAAUGUGGAUCAAAUCUCGACAGAAAAAGAUCAAGCACCAAACGACAUAAUCUAUGAUGCACGUGCGCGACAAUUUUUAUAUUCAUUGACACUAGAAAUGGGUCUGCAAGGACUGGAAUUAGCUGUUGUUGAGAGAAGUCUUGGGCAACAAAUGUACUUCACUCUCCAAGAGAAAACAAAAGGUGGUGACUCACAUAAUGACGACAGGUUUUCACAAAUGAACUCUUCAGCAAAGCUUGCUAUGCAUGAAAAUAACAGUAAAAAGAAAUUAUAUCGAUGGUUGGCUACUGGUGCUGGUGUAGUUGGUGGUGGUGCUGUAAUUGCUCUUACUGGAGGACUAGCCGCUCCCUUACUGGCACCUUUUCUGGUUGGUUUAACAGGUGCUACAUUUUUUGCUACGGCUGGUGGUAUCGCUUUGGUAACAAGCCUUUUUGGAUUGACAGGUGGUGGAUUGGCAGGGUUCAAAAUGCAUCGUCGUACACAAGGGCUGAAUGAAUUUGGAUUCAAGCAAAUCUUGGUGGAUAAAGAUAUGCCCCCUAUUCCAACACUGAAGGCAACUAUUUGCGUUACUGGAUUUUUAUUGGAUGAUGUCAACGAAACUGUGACUCCUUGGAUCAAUUCAUUUGAAAACAAUAGACAGAAUAUUGACACAUUUUGCUUGGAAUAUGAAACAAAGGUUUUGAAAGAAUUGGGUUAUGCAUUUCGGCGAUUCCUUACCAAUCAGGCUCUCAAAUAUGCUGGACUAGAAGUGGCAAAACAAACUGCUUUACAGGCCUUCUUUGCUGCUGUGGCUCUUCCUGCAACGUUACUCAAAGUUGCUGAUAUUAUUGAUGAUCCCUGGCAAAUUGCUGUUGAUAGAAGUAGGAAGGCUGGAAUAGUACUGGCUGAUACAUUGGAAGAAAGGGUACAAGGAAAUCGACCAUGUAAUCUGAUUGGCUACAGUUGUGGAAGUCUAGUGAUAUGGCAAUGCUUACAAGAAUUACAUCGACGUAAAAUAUACGGUGCUAUUGAUCAUGUUGUACUAUUAGGAUCUCCUAUUCCAAGUGAUGAUAUUAAUAUGUGGAGAAAUGCAAUGAAGGUUGUAUCUGGUCGAUUUAUCAAUGGUUUUACAACUGAAGAUUGGGUCUUAGCCUAUGUUUAUCGUUUACACUCAUUGGAAACAAAAGUGAGUGGAUUGGCCCCUGUUCCUUUUGAUGGUGUUGAAAAUCUCUCUUUGGAUUUAGAAGGUCAUACUUCUUACCGGGAUGCUAUUCCUGAAAUUAUGUCAAGAAUCAAUUUAGAAUAGAUAGAUAGAGAUAUAUUGAUGAUAAAUAAAAAUUACUAUUACACUUUAUUUGAUAUUAUAUUCAUAGC